AUGUCUGACCAAAUUGACGAAUCGACGCAACAUGCUGCUGGUGACUCGCCGGACGCUACAGCACCUGCCAAGCCUUCGCUCAGGGUCCUAGAGCCAGGUUUAUCGAGUCGGCAAGAAGACUUAGACAAUGGCCCCUUGCUACUGGCCUUGGGCGAUGGCCUUGAAGAUCCGGUUAUACCCUAUCCAGGGCUGGAUCUGGUUUCUCAAUACCCUGGUCAUCGUCGACUAGAAGGAAUUGAAUUGCCUUUCAUGCCCCUCAGGCGAUUGGAGGUAUUGGAUAUGGGCCCUGAGAGUUUGCCGUCAGUUUCACAAUCAGGAACAUCGCUCUCUGUGCCGCUUGAAGGUUCAGUCGUCUGGGGCAGAGGUGUCUUUUCAUUCUCCCAAUCUUACGAGUUUUCGUGGCAAAAGGAAUCUGGCCUUUGCUUCGGUGGAGAGCCAUUUGGAGUCGCAAGAACACCAGAUGAUAGGUUCUCCAAAGUCGAUCUAGGCUCCGAACGUGUCUUGUCAGAACCACACGAGCCUACAGCAAGUUUGAUGAACCAGGAUUCUCGGGAUGGCCUACUCCCCUCUCUAAGUAUAGCUGGUAUAGGCAGUUCUAUGGAGGACUUAAGUCCUGCGAUAUUGCAUGGGGACCUUGAGCUAGAGUCUACGACGAGUUCCGUUUCGAGCAGCACCGCCAGCUCUUCGGGAACAAUAGACUUCGAUGCCAUCGCAGAACCUUCUGAUCCACAGCUAGUGAGGGCUAUGCAAAGCUACGCAGAGUGGGCGGUAGAACUGCUCAUGGAUGACUUUUACAGGUCAUGUGCACCACAAGCAUCAAAAGCCCGGGCUACGAGAGCAUCGGAGAAUGUCACCGGAUCUGCCUUGGACAAUGUGGAGGGCAAAAGAAGGGGCGUCAACGGAAGAUCCAGGGUCGAACCGAAGUCUGGCAAACGCAAAGCAGUGGGUGGCGAUGAGGAAAGUGAAGAUGAGGGUGCUCAGGACAAGAAGAGAAAGCCAUCUGUCACUGAAGAGAGCCUGCGUUGGGCUUGUCCGUAUGUCAAAUGGAGGCCGAUGAAUUACCAUUGCAAGAACAGUCCUACACAACUCAGAGUUAUUAAGGAACAUAUCGCAAAUGUUCAUUGGAAAGAACACUGUGAUAGGUGUUGGCGUUGGUGCUCAACGAGUGAGGAGAAGGCGGCACAUCGGUUUUGUCAAGUUAAAUCUGGCCCUCCACCUGGGUUUAUGACAAAGGAAAUGAAAUUCGAGAUAUUUGAGAAAAAACCUAGUGGUUUGUCUCACGAGAAACAAUGGUUCAGGUUCUACGAAAUUCUCUUUUCCGGAGAAUCUCAAGGCUUCAGUCCUUACGUCAAUAAGGCAAUGGGUAAUUUUAUGGACCUGGUGGAAGUUUUCUUUCGCGGUCCACAGGCUCGGAAGAUCCGUGAUGAAGUGAUCUCAGAAUCACAAUUCGAAGGACCCGAGUGCGAACAAGCCAUCAAGAUGAUAUGUGAUGAGUAUCUUAAACGAAUGUGCCGAGAUUAUGAUCUCAAAAACGAUCUUCUUUGUACACCGGCCUUGCGCGAAACGCAAGUCAUCGAGAAUACCCAGUACAGCCAGGUCGAUGCUGCUGGUAUGGACAAAGAAAUCACAGAGUGCGAGCCUUUGUAUCACGCAUCCCCAUCGUCUCCUAAAGCAACACCCAUCUCUCACCAAUUUUGUGGGUCGAAACCUGCAGAAAUUGCUAUGUUUGAUCAAAAUACUUCUGCAGGCGAUCGAACUCUUGAAAACAACAAUUUCAGUACUUUGGCUAGCCCAGCUGAGUUUCAGGGUCCUGUGGGUAGCGUUAAACCGCGAGAUUCGGAAGACUAUCUAUGGGAGAACUCUGACAGUGCUUCUCCUGGCUAUUUCGAAGAUGCUUGGUUUAGUAACUCUCAGAUGGAUAGAGACUACCAGGAAACCAUUCUAAAUGGACGGGAUUGGGUCGGGAACGAGUUGUUGCCAGAACAAGCUUGGUGA